AUUGACUACAACAAGCAUAAAGCUGCAGAGACAGUGAAUUACUGAGUCCAAAAUGGAGAAAGUGCCUGGUUUAAUUGUGGUGUUCAUCCUGCUGUCCCAGGUACAAUUGGGCACUACCUACAAACUGAUUUGUUAUUUCACAAACUGGGCCCAGCACAGACCAGGAAUAGGGAAAUUCAUGCCAGAAAACAUCCCCCCUUGCCUGUGCACCCAUCUAAUCUACGCAUUUGCUAUCAUUGAUAACAGCCGCAAGAUUGCAAUUAAGGAAAAGAAUGAUGAAGCUCUUUAUGUAUCAUUUAAUGCUCUCAAGAGAAAGAAUCCUAACUUGAAGACACUCUUGGCUGUAGGAGGAUUUAAUCCACAAAGGUUCAGCAUCACUGUUGCUAAUAAGAACAAUCGUGCAACAUUCAUCAAAUCUGUGAUUACAUUUCUUAGGAAGUACGACUUUGAUGGUUUAGACUUAGUCUGGGACCACCCAGGUUCAAAGGGAAAUCCAUCUGAUAACAAGAAUAGAUACACAGCUUUGCUUAAGGAAUUGAGUCAAACCUUGCUAACAGAAUCAAAACGAGCUGGAAAACCCAGACUGUUAAUUACAGCUGCUUUUCCUGCUAAUAAGGAUAAAAUUGAUGCUGGUUUUGAGGUGAAGAAAGUUGGUCAAUAUUUGGAUUUGAUCUAUGUGAUGACAUAUGAUUUUCACGGUGCCUGGAACUCAUUCACUGGACAUAACAGCCCCUUGUAUGGUGCCUCUCCAGAACAGAGUAAAUCUGCAGCUUUCAACAUGGAUUUUGCUGCCAAAUACUGGAGAGAUAAUGGUUUACCAGCAGACAAAAUGAUAAUUGGAUUCCCAACAUAUGGACGAACCUUCACGCUUAAGACUUCCACCAAUCAAAGCGUUGGUGCUCCAGCAAUUGGACCAGGACCAGCUGGUACCUACACUAAAGAUCCUGGUUACUGGGCUUAUUAUGAGAUCUGUGACUUCUUGAAAAACGCUGAAUCCAAAAUUAUUAAGGAACAGAAGGUCCCAUAUGCAUCCAGUGGAAGGGUGUGGCUUGGAUACGAUGACUUGAACAGCUUUGAGGCCAAAGUCCAGUGGAUGAAAGAUAACAAAUACGGAGGUGCCUUCGUGUGGUCAAUAGACCUGGAUGAUUUGCAUGGUCAUUGCAAACAAGGAGUACUUCCUCUAACAACCAAAUUGCAUAAACUUCUUGAAAUAAAUCCAGGCUGUGCAAAACCAAAUGUGAGCAGUAACUUGGAGAGUAACAAUGGAAGAGUAAAUGAGGGUCUUGAUCAGGGAUGGUGCACCAAUAAAAAGAUUGGUAUUCACACUGACCCAACAGAUUCAUCCAAAUUCUACCGCUGUGCUGUGAUAACUAUUCAUGAACGCUGUGUUGAGAAGCAGGUCUUUGAUCAAGAUUGCAUGUGUUGUACACAGCCUCGAUUUAUGGGUCCUCAAGGACCAAACUGGUGUUCCAAUAAACUUGAUGGAUUUUACGCUGACCAAAAAAAUGUUUCAAAAUUCUAUAUUUGUGUUCAGCGCCAAACCUUCUGGAGGGACUGUCCCAAGGGCCUGUUGUUUCACAAAACAUGCAAAUGCUGCAAGUGGCCAUAA